CGACUCGAUCGACAUCUCCCAUAAUUGACCGAUAUCCAUGUUUGACGAAUGACGAAAAGAAGACGGGAAGGCGUUGAUGGAAUGCAAUGAUCAGUUGAACACAAGCCAAGAACUAGUCAGCAUGUUGGGACAACCUGGCUUGUCCAAGUCGUACCCUCAAAAAUAGCGCUGGAUUCAGAAACAGGUAUCAUUGGUGAUGUGUCCCGCUCUCUGACCUGGGUGACCUGGGGGAAAUCCUGUCUACUUGUAGGGCAUCAUCACUGGGAUUGCCUACCCCUCGGACUAAAUGUGUACGGUCAAACUUACAGUAUAAGUUAGAUAUUCUCUAACUACUAUAUUGGUAUUACUGUACUAUGUGAAUUCCGAAUAGUAGAAAAUAAAUCUUAUAACUACUACCAUUAAAUCACAGUUACUCAUAUAAUAUUUUAUUGGAAACUAUCUUGAUGGAGUGUGAAAUGUUGAACCGAAGUGAGGAUUUACUGUCCGCCAUCUCCCGUCGCGUAUCAAUGAUAUCAAACACGUCCAAAGAAAGCGCGGAUAAUAUCAGCAAGAAAGAUCCUUCAUCGACCGGCGAUUAUCUAGAUCUGGGUAAAUGCGCCAAGUACUGGUGGUCUUUAUCGCGCAUUAUCCAAGCUUCCUAUGACACGUCCUAUGGUCCGAAGCACUCACAGCACCGUCCGCUUUAUCGAAGAUGUCUAGUUACGGAUUCCCCGCUAACCUCUGUAUGCAUUUUCCAGUCUAAGCAGCCUAUCCCGUUCAAAUCGCGCGGAUGAAAGACGAUGCCGUCGAAUUCGCUCUCGGAAUUCGCUGGUAGCUGAUCGACGAUUCUGGGCUGACCCAUGGAAUCGUAAAAAAUGCCGCUACUUGACCGUAUAGUCGCCGUUCCACGAUGGAUGCAAAGAAUGGCGCCAAGACAAGUCCGUGAUUCAACAGAAGCCGUGUCAGAAAAGUGGAUGCAUAUCUGCAGUUACCUCGGUGAAGCAAUGCGGGUACUGCAUUGUCUAUUGGAACUCCGCAUGCAUUGGAUUCCAACCGCUGUGACAUCCUUGGUCGAGUCGGGCAAUGUCUAUCAGACACGAAAUAUCCGUAACCUUGCAGGUGCAAGGUAUCGAUGAGCGUGUGCCCAUCCAGUGAGCCGGCAAUCACUUGCAGCAGUUGUGGCCAUAUGGGAUCGUUGGUAAAGGGCCAUCCAGUUCGAAAGUAUCGAUCUUUGGAAGACGUAUGGCGGACGCAGGCCCACUUGGGCGUUACAAGGCAUGCUGCUGUGAUGUGUCGUUGCUGCCGUUGUGGUGAUGGGUCGCUGCUGCGUUGGG